AAAAAUCCUGAGCAAAUAACGAAUAAAGGAAGACAUAAAAUUUUGGCGAAUCAGCUGUCAAUUACUUAAAAACAAAUCGAAUCAUUUAGAACUUGCGUUCUUUAUGAACAAAAUGCCACUUUAUACUUAAACCAUCUAGAUAGAAAAAAAGUUAGGACGUUCUUAUCUGAAUUAAUUAUGUGGAAAUUUUUGGUGUUAUCUUUAAUAGCAUCUAGUGGUCUAAUGGCCUAUGAGGAUGCUUAUUUAUCGUCAGAAGAUUCAUAUGUUCUAAAGGAACGGAUGCUUGUGUAUGUGCAAAUAUUAACAACCAAUGGAAUUUAUACACCUUUAGAAACUUACCCAAACAGUCAAAAUUCAGCCAAUACCUGGAAAGAUGGAUUUGGAACAUUAACAAGAUUGGGUAAGUUGCAGCAUUAUGAGCUGGGUAAAGUGCUUCGAGAUUAUUACAAAAAUUUCAUUACUUCUUCACCAGUUGAGAUCGAUGCGUUUAGUUCUGCUGAGGAUCGAUCGACGCACAGCUUGUUGUGUAUGUUAGCCUCCUUGUAUGCACCCACAGAUGAAUGGCAGUUUCUGCCUGGAUUCAAAUGGCAACCCAUUCCUGUUUCUUAUCUGGAUAGUGAUGACAUUUUUUUUAGGUACCCGGAAAAUUGCGAAACUCAGCUAAUCGAUCUUGAAAAACUUUACACUACUUCGCCAGGAAAAGACUUCAUAGAGAAGGAUAAGUUCCAUUAUUCCCUCUGGUCAAAUCACAGUGGCAUGUUAAUAGAAAACUGGAACGACGUGGCUUAUCUUUUCGACAUUUUAGAGAAAGAAAGGACGCUGGGUCUCAAAGUACCAGCAUGGGCUAGUAAGUAUUGGCAUCACUUAGAAAGGUUGACAGAUGCUGCGCACGGCUGGAAUUACCAAACUGUGAGAAGUCUUCAACUGAAAAUUGGUCCUCUUCUGCAAUUCAUGACUGUCCGAAUGAGAGCUAAGAAAAUAGUGGAUGACCCUACAAAAGUCAGCGUUUACAUGACACAUGACUGGAACCUAUCAGCUUUCUUAUCUGCUAUUAGAAGUUACAACGGACGCCGACCACCGCCUGGUGCAACUGUGACUAUAGAACUAUACAAAGAAUCUACAUCACGUUUCUCCGUUCGAAUGCUAUUCUUUAAUGCUACUCAUCCUGAAUUGGGUCGCCAAGAACCUCACCUUCUCACACUUCAGAAUUGUGAAGAAUAUUGUCCGAUCGAGACAUUCGCCAAGCAUUUAGAGCCACUCAUUCCAGAGAACUUUUAUUCCACUUGUGGUCAAAUGCUGGAAGUGGACUCUGCUUACGGAAGUAGACUUUGAACGUAAUGGAAGUAGAAGGGAAGUAGAGAACUGGAAGUAGACUCUGCUUACGGAACAUGAUUUUUAAUGAUUGCAAUCAAUUAAUGGAUUUGUAUAGUGAACGUAUUUACUAGUGUAUAAAAUUAUGUACUAGAUUAAAUAAAAUAAAAAAAUUAUGAGUGAACAGCA